UAACACUGUGUUCUUUCAGUUAGAUUGACUUACUGUGCAGGCAGACGGCUCUGAGGGCUUGACUGCCAACAUGUCGGUGAAUCUGAAGGGCAACAUUUUGGUAACUGGGACCAACAGGGGCAUUGGUUUGGAGUUGGUGAAGCAGCUGGCUGAGAAGACCGGACCAGAAACCCAGAUUUAUGCCAGCUGCAGAGAUCCUGAAGGAACGAGGGCCAAGGCCCUGAGGGAUGUGGCCAGUCGGUUUCCUGGGAAAAUCACUCCAAUCAAAUUUGAUACAGCAGAUGAAGACAGCAUCUCAGCUGCCUUCCAGGCUGUGAGCCUGAAGCUUGGAGCUGCUGGGCUGAAUCUUCUCAUCAACAACGCUGCUAUCAACAAACCGUCAGCCCCAGGAUCACUGUCAGCCACCAGGAAACAGGACAUGAUGGAGGUGUAUGAAACCAACGUUGCUGGACCAUUUAUCCUCACAAAGAUGUUUCUUCCACUCCUCCAGCAAGCUGCAAGCACGAGGGACGAAGGUGAUGACAUGUCCUGCAGAAGGUCAGCCAUCAUCAACAUGUCCACUGUUUUCGCAUCUGUGAAGAAGUGUCCCGAAACCUUCCAGAUGGCCCAGAUGUAUCCCUACAGGACCAGCAAGGCAGCCCUGAACAUGCUGACUUGCUGUCAAGCUGAAGACUUCAGGCGCCAUGGCAUCCUGGUGACGGCCAUCCACCCAGGCUGGGUCCAAACAGAGAUGGGUGGAGAACAGGCUCCUCUGAUGCCCCAGGAUAGUGUAGCUGGAAUGCUGCGUGUCAUGUCAACACUGAGCAACAAACACUCUGGCCUCCUUCUGGACUGGGAGGGCAACACAAUCCCCUGGUAGAAAUCACUGUGAGGACCACCAGCAUAAACAAAAAAUUAUUUCAUGAUAACAAUGUUUGUGUUUUUGCCACUUUUGUCUGUAUUGUGAAAGUAAGCACUGAACAACUUUCAGUAAAGCCAUAAACUAAGAUCAUAAUUCAGCGUCUUGUUGACUCACCUUCCACUUCGUCUUUUGUGUCACUUUACUUCUUUGUACUCAACUAUUUCUGGACAACUAUUGUUUGAAGUCACCUCUGCAUCUGAAUGAGAACAUGAUCUGGACUCUGACUCUGCUCAAAACUUUCCUUUUCUUUAUUCAGCCAGUCCUUUUCUGCUUCAGCUUUUUACAGACCCUCUCACAUGUCAAGCACUUUCAGAUACACAGUAGUGUUCAAAACGGAUUCUAUGAUAGUGAGCUUGUCACAGGGGUGAUUGACAGCGCUAAGACCUUCCUCCAGGCUUGUGAGUGAGCUGUAUAAUUGUGCAGUAAGCCCUGGGAGAAGGUGCGGAAACUCCAUUUUUAAUUUUUUUACCAAACAUGUGAAAACAUUUUUUUUAUAUAAAAUUUUUCAUGCUGAAGCUUUAAGGUCACAAUCUAAAAUGUCACCACAGGUUUUGAAAGUUUUCCUAAGGCUUCUGGCCUGUCCACUAAUAUUCAGUGUGAGCAGGUACCAGUGAGUGAACACACUCUUUGUGGCAUCCCUGUUAGUUAAAGACUCUGCAACAUACCUGGGUGUCAAUAUCACUGGUAUAAACAGAAGCUUUGAACUUUUCAAUGAUGGGAGUGAAAUUCUGGUAAGAAGAAAUCUCCAUGGAGAAAUGCACAAAUAGUUAGAUCUGCAAGACAACUCUGCCGUAGGGCAGAACGAAAAUGGCGUAAAACUCAACUUC